AUGAAAGUUUUUAACACAAAGCUUCAAACGGUAGUGAGAGAACAACUGACUGCGGAAGGGCAUCCAUUACCUUCAGAAGUUACCAUAGCAUAUAAUUUUGAAACAAACUCAAUAGAUUUUAAAGUCAUCUCUGCAAAUAAGUCAGGUUUUACAUUUAAUGAAGCAGAUGUAUAUUCGAAUGAAAACUUCAAAGCUAUUGCAUGGUUAGAUAAUGACGAUUGCUUUAAGAAAAUAUUUAAAUUCAGUGACUCAACGAUGUCAAUAGAUGACCUUCGUGGAAUGUUACCAUCGACGUUUACAGUUGAAGGUUCAGCAGGAUUGCUUACAAGAUUGUCAAUUGGUGGUAUUUGGUCUCGUGAGAACAUUGUUAUAAAAUCCAGUAUAAGUGAAUUUGCUGAAGAAUCUAUAUUAUGUCUUUCAAACUACAUGUAUUCGCCACCGAAGCAUUAUAGUAUAACAAACUUUGUCAGUAAGUUUAACAUAAGACUUGUCGAACCUUCUUCAAUGAAAGAUGUUGUGCUACCUAAAGAUGGAAAGGAUGGACUCAUUAUUGAGAUGAUUUUAAUAGCAUAUUAA